AUGACAAUAUGUACUAUUAUCCAUCCUAAUAUAUUGCACUACGACGACUUCGACGAUUUAAGAAGGCAUAACAAUUUUGACGGCGAGGGCGUUUACGCCCUUGUCACAGGCGAGUACCGAGUAGCUGAUUUCAACCCGCUAACAUCUGCAUCUUCAUCUUUUCAGCGAUGCAAUGUUUCUGGUGCCGGUGUCGAUGAUCUGCAGUUACUUCGGGUAUAUUACCAAAAUACGAGAGGACUUCGUACCAAACUCGACGAUGUUUACCUGGCUGUUACGGAAAACGACUAUGAUGUCUAUGUACUGACGGAGACCUGGCUUGAUAAUCGCUUCAAUUCCCAACAGCUAUUCGGCGAUUCGUUCACUGUUUUCCGAACCGACCGUAAUUCCAACAACAGUGUUUUCAUGCGUGGAGGUGGUGUUUUGAUUGCUGUCUCGUCGUCAUACGUCUGCCAUCAAAUCACUGAAUGUGUUCCAGCUAAUCUUGAAACGACUUGGGUUAAAAUUCUCACUGAAACUAAAAGCGUGUUUAUUGGGGCUGUGUAUAUUCCCCCCGACAAACGUUUCGAUUGUAACGUAAUGCAAAAUGUGCUAGAUGUUUCCGAGUCUGUUUCAUCUAAAAUGAACACGCAAGAUUCACUGUUAGUUCUAGGUGACUUCAACCAGCCUGGUCUACUCUGGAAGAACACUUCGAAUGGGCUUUUAUACGUUGAUCCACUAAAUUCUGCGUUCACGCCUUCUAGCCGUAUACUGCUUGACGGGAUCGCUUUUUUGGGACUCCAACAAAUAAAUGAUAUUCGCAAUCACGGGUCACGCUGUUUGGACCUCGUUUUCGUAAAUGAAGAGUGUGUUUCACAGUGCAAAAUUCAUGAAGCUCCUGAAACGAUGGUUCCACCUGAUGUUUUCCACCCCGCUCUCAACGUAGAAGUAACUGCUUGUCGCCCAGUGGAAUUUGAAGAUGUUCCUGACUUAAACCAGCUUGACUAUCGUAAAACGAAUAUUGACCAAUUACGAAAUCUUCUAUCGCAAAUUGACUGGAGCAUUCUUGAAACUUUCACUGAUGUGAAUGAUGCAGUUAACUAUUACGAUCAAAAGUUGAAUGAUUGUCUCAUGAUUGCUGUACCUUUACGUAAGGUCUCUAGGAAGCCACCUUGGUCUAAUGCAAAGCUCCGACGCCUAAAAAUCAUUCGAGCUAAAGCCCUUCGAAAAUAUACCCGUCAACGUGAACCGAACACCAAACGCAGUUUUGCUGUUGCUAGUAAUAAAUAUCCUCAUUACAAAAGGCAUCUGUAUAUGCGCUAUAUUCUUCACACUCAGCAAAAUUUGAGGAGAAAUCCCAAACAUUUUUGGAAAUUCGUUAACUCCAAACGGAAAGAGAAUGGUUUACCUUUAACUAUAUCUCUCAACGACGUGUGUGCCGUUUCGCCAAAUAUUUGCAAAACACUUUGCUAG